AUUGAACUGAAGAAACUGUGAGAAAGAUGGAUUGUGUGGGUGUGGAUUAGCCUGAUUUUGUUUCUGCUUCAAGGGCAGGUGGGUUGGAUAUAGGACCGACAUCUGUGCAGGGCCUUACAGCUGGCUGUACCUGAGUGUCAGCCUGUUCACCUGCACAUGAAGUGCGGGCAGUGAAGGUGUUUGGUAUUUUUGUCAUUAGAGCUAGAUGAUUUUCCACUACGUUACAGAAACUCUGGAUUAAACAGUGCGUUGAGCUUUGUUCACAAAGCAAAUAACGUCUCAGCUCUGAGGGGUCCGCGUCUCACUUCUGUGCCUUGGGAGGCGCUUCCCCAGGUCUCGUCCAGCGUGACCAGCUAGGUGCAUGUGGUCCAGCCCCAGACUGUGGACUGACCCCUCGCAGGCAUUAGAAACCCCAAGCCUGACCAGGUUAAAAGUCUGCCCUGGGAAAAGCUGCACCAGCCUUUAUAACACAGUUUACUUUGGGGUCCCAGGUCUUAAGGUAGGACUCCAGCUGUUGCACUUCCUUCUAAGCACAUGAUCCCUUGUGGCCCUGGGAAGUAAUCCCCUGUUCACUUCCGGCUCCUGUUCUGGUUGUAUGAGAUGUGGUCAGAAGGAAGGCUAAUAGAAAGCAGAGGAGGGUUCUCUUGAUUUUCAAAUGGCACAGUGGCGACCUUUGAUGCCACUGGGGCAGCUCCAGCUAUUUUUUGAUUAAUCCACUCGGGCCGUUGGUGACUCAGCAGCCUCCUGACGGUCUGUGUUGUUUUUGAAAGGAACUGGGCUUUCACAAUAUAUGGACUACAGUUCACCGAUUACAGCUCAUAGAUACAGCACAUAGUGAGAGGCACUCAGUGAAGGUCUGGCGAAAGAGUGCCUCCCAGAGGCGAGAUCAGGAGGAAACGACAUCUGUGCCGCGGCGGGCAGAGUUCGCGUGAUGUUGGGGGUCGGGAAGGCUUCUAAGUGCAAGAAGCAAUAUGAGGAAAGGCAGGAGGUGUGAAGAGCACAGGUGGCAGGUGAGCAGGUGGCUUUGUGGGUAAUAUUUGUGAAGGGGCGGGUGGUGCGGCCUGUGGACGCUGAGCUUCAGGGGUCGAGCCGUUGUGAUGCCAGGCAGGGCCGCGGAGGUUUGGAGAGGAAGUGACCUAAGUUGUAGUGAAGACCAGUCCGGCAAGUGUGGGAUGAACUGAAUGCGUGUAGAAAUGGGUGGAAGGAGCCUGCUGCCAAGCCAAGGAAGCUGACCCCAGGCUGGGAGGGGACCGGAGAAGGACAGCCUGCACAAGGGCUCUGAAGCUGUCAUGGGGGUGCCGCGCUGGGGACCCGACUGAGGCAACAGGCUCCAAGCUUGGGAGGGGGCACAACAUGGGAAGGGCGGGCUUAGGGAAGAGAGUGGUCUCUCCGGUGGACGGAGUCAGCUGCUGGUCCUGGUUGGCUGUUUGGCAGCUGUUAGAUAUGCCGGUAAAAGGACUUUUUUCUGGCAAGUUCUGUGAGACUGGUUCUCUCUGAGGUGAUUCUCGGCAGGGGAGGGAGGAGGAGAAAUUUAGGGAAAAUAAAGCCUACCUUUAUUACCUAGAUGCCCCCCCGUAUCUCCCAUAUACCAUGACCUGGCGUGAGUUUUUCAAAAGAAGUCUUUGUGACAUUAUUUUCCAUAUCCCAUCAAAUGCUUCUGGGCACUCAGCAGUAUCAGGGAGCAGGUGCCAUGAAUAGGGCUCAGCACAGGCCCACCACAUGCCUUCUCUGAGCUCCCGUAAUGACCAUGACGGGGUGCCAAGGCCCUGUCAGCGCCAGCAGGCCCACCGAGCCCACGGGAGCCCUUUCCCACCUGGUCCAGGUCCCUCGUCCACAUUCCUGUUGGCUCAGCCACAUUCCCUGGGGCCGGUGCAGAUCUGGGGUGAAGGUGUGAGCUUGGAACAGCUUUCUUUUGCAGACCUUUGUGAUUCUGGAAUGAUAAAUGCUCAUUAAUGCCAUGCUGAACUGACCCAGCUGACUUCCUAUUUUGACAGUAUUCGUCAUGAAAAGAAUUCCAGGGAUUUUUAAGGAUCAAAAGUCCAAGAAAAAAAGAAACAUGACAUUUUAAAGCUUGUAUUUACUGAUUGAUGAUUUUGGUUAACCAGCUCUGUUUAUGCAGUAGGAAUUUUUCAACCAUCAUUUAAAUUUUUUCUGAGAAUGAGACACUGACAAAUUAUUUGUAAUCAGUAACUCCUUAUGCAAAAACUAACGAGCAUAAUGAUGAAAUGUAAUCUUAUCAUUGAAAAAAAUUUGGAUCGGUCAGUUUCAUUCAUUAAACAUAAAUUCAGCACUUGUGACAGACUGGAUACUCUACUAGGCCUGGAUAACCAAAUGUGAUUCUGAUUCUUAAAAUUGCUAAGACUUUUUAAUAAAUUGGUUCUGCUUUAAAUUCAUGUUUAAGAAUUUAGAUAAUUGGCAAUCAUUAGGAUGCAGAAACACUUCAAAAAAAAAAUAAAGUAUCUCUAACCUAUCUAUGCAGGAUUUACCAGAGAGUUGACAAACAAAAGUUAAUUUUGUGGAAUAAUACAGUGGUAACUAUUUAAUAAAGAAGUUCUGCUUUUUAAAGGAGUCUUUAUUUGUAAUUUUUGGUUGUAAUUGUAAUUGAUGAUAGCAGACAUAAAACAGUACUGUAAUCAUGUAAGUGAUUAAAUACUAGAUUUUGUGGGACGAAUUAAGUACUUCAGAAUUGAGGUAAAGGAGCCAGCUCGGAGAAUGGUAGUGGGGGAAAUGCUUGCUGGAGGUGAUGGGGCUUGAACUGAAGGAAGAUUCCUGGGAACAGGGGCAAAGUGGACUGUCCCCACCAAGAAGGAGACUUAAUGAAGCCAGGAAAGAGGGGACAUCUGCCUGCACCAAACACAAGACGUGUGUGCGGGGCGAGGCAGGUUGGGACGGCAGACGAGGUAGAGCAGUGCAGCAUGGCCCUUGACCCGUAAUUCCUUCCCAGGUUCCUCAGCUGUAAAUAUGGAUGGGAUUUGUGCUGACUUUGAGGGGCAACUGUGAGAUUAGAAGAGAUGGUAAGUGUGAAGUUCCUGGUGCACAGAAGGUGCUCCGUGGGCAGAGCUGGUGUUGCUGUUAGGGAAGAUGGAUGGGGCCGAACCAGCAAGGGCAGGACUGCUAGGUAGUCACCAUAUUUUGAUGUGAUGGAAAUGAGAAGUCCAGUCUCCCGUGGGCCUCACCACUACCCUACAAGGGAGCAAGGGGCUUUGUUCCCUGAGGCCCUGGGAGAGGUGACAAGCACCUUGCCCAAGGCCACCUGGCUUCCAAGAGGGAAGGUGAGGUUUGAACCCAGACCUGCCUGGUUCUGACGUCUGGGCUCUUUCUCCUCCUCUCAGACUGCCUCUGCCCGGGAAGCCAUCUGUCAGAGGCUGAUGACCCCAUGGGGAAGAGGAGUGGCUGGCCCAGGUAGUUAUUACUGCUACUGAAAAGGGGGGUGAGUUCAGAGUAUGUGUUGGCACACCCUACCCCACCUCCCAGGAUGAAAGGAGGAGGGGGAGGAGGAAAUUAGACAGCAGCACCUCAAGGGGAGAAGAGAGAGCACCCGGUGAUCAGCUGCGAGAGGAAAGAGGACAAGCUGAGUUGGAGGUGGGCGUGCUGUUUGAAAGGAAGGCAGGCACUGGCAGGCUCUACCUUCCCUCCAUCUGGGCUUGGGCCCCAAAAUGCUCAGGCAGCAGUGGUGGAGUCGGCGGGUUUCUCAGAAGUAUAACUUCUUCAGGGUUCUCAGUAAGUCUUGCUUAGUGUGAGUGACAUGUUGCUUGGCUAAACUCCCUGUUUCAUCUGUGCCAUUGAGGGUUGGGGAGGAAGGAGUGACCUUAGGUAAGAGAUAUCUAGAUGUUCUUGGGCUGGGGUCUACUUUUACGCCUUCUAGGGUAAUGCUUCUCCCACCAGUGUUGAAGGACCAGUUUAAAAAAAUUUUUUUUUAAUUUAAAAAGUUUCCAGUCUAUCUGGACUGAUACUUUUGUAAAAUGAAAACAGGGUUACUAGAAAAAGAAACUGAAAAAGAUAUGCAGAAUGCAAACUUGUAUUUUUUUGAAUUUUUUAUCAUUAGAUUUAAUUAGAUAUAAAAUCACUCUGUCACAUUGCCAUAAAAGUUUCUAAAUGCUUAUUCUCAAUUCCUGUACUUAAUUUUGACUGCAGACUAGCAAACUAUUCAUGGACUGGUACACUUUGAGAGCAAUGAUCUAGGAAGAAACUUUGUUAAGCAAAUAAGUAAACAGGAUGUUUUUGGAAUAUUUGCAUGAUUCAAGAGUAAAAACAGUCUUUCAGUUGGCAUUUCAAAUACUUUAGAUGUGUGUUUGUGUGUGAUCUAAUUACAAAUGACAUCUUUUCAGGAAAGUUCCACGUUAGGGGGCAGGAAAGUAAAAGAAAUACACCAAGAGCCGAGACGCAGUCAUUGUAAGGGAUGUGUAAGUUCAAGCUGCUAGCAUUGCUUGGAAGAACGGGUGCUUUAAACUUCCUCUGUUGUUUCUGAGAAUCGUAUUUCUUUUCAUUUAAUUUAUAUUAGUUUGUUUUCUCUGUUAGUUUUUGCUUGUCUUUGAAUUUAUUUUUAUAUUUUGGUGCAUAAUUUUAGGUGUAUUCUUUCAGGGGAUAGUUUCUUAGGCAAACUUUAAAAAAGUCUCAAGAAUUAACACGGAGAGGUCAUGUGAUAAUGUAAUUGUUCAUAUUUCAAAUUUGGUUUCUGAUUCUAGCUGCCAGUGUAUCUUAUUUUAUAUUUUGAACUAUUUUUACUUUUGAUCUCUUCCCUUGCACCGAGAUGAGCUGCCGUGUUCUUCCCUGAGCCUAGACUUCUCUUCCCUGCCUUUGGGGCCCUGCCCAGGAGCUGCUUCCCUGGAGGGGGAUGGCCUGUCAGCAGUGAGGGGUGCCUUCCUCUGGCUCCUGCAGCUGCCUCUCCAACCCCAGCUGAGCACCUGCUUCAGCACUUACUCCUCUCCCACUGCCCCUUUCCUCCUGGCUCCAAACUCAGGACUUCUUUUGUUUUGUACCUUACUAUUUAUUACAUGUUUCAAGGCUCUUUCAUGUAUAUAUUUUCUUAUUUCAUCCUCCAGACAAUCCCAUGAGUUUGGUAGAAUCUCCAUUUUAAUUGAGGUGAGGCUGGGAGAGUUGUCCGCCUGGCAGGUAUCUUCCUUCCUUUGCCCUGGGGCUCCCAGUUACUUGUACCACUCACGUCCAGACUUCCACACGCUCAGGUUUUGAGCCUGCCAUUUUGAGGUCCUCUUUUUUACACAGUAUUUAUACUUGUUACCUGAGAAAUCUAACAUUAGAAUACUCGGUACAGCAUCACAGGCCUCUGGGAGAAAGAGAUCUUCAGAACUUAACGCCAGGGCGGCCGGUAGAGAACAGGAGCUGAGAGAUCCCUGGAGCCGCACACGGGCCGGGGGGGUGUUUUGAAGGGUGUGUUGGGUUAUCUGCACCUGUGAUUUUCAGACGAGUGGGAAGGGUAGCUUUCUUCAUUUCAGCAGUAACAGCCCAGCAUAGUGGAUUGCUCAGAACAUUUCUCAUGAAGAGAAAAAUCCUGCUUUAAAAGAGGGGAGGCAGUCUGAAGAAUCACAUUUAGUCCAAGUCAGAAGUCGUUUGCUUUUGUCUUUGGAGUGCGUGUUGUAUGUUUUCUCCCCGACUCUUGGUGAAAGAGACCUGAGUUCCAAAUGCAGCCCUGCUACUUACUAGGCUGCUGACUUGAGUAAACCAAUAGAUAAAAGGAUAUACAAAGGAACACAGCCUACUUGUCAUGACUUCAACCACCUAACAGCCACAGCAGAAAGUGUCUCUCUCCUAGUGGGCUUUUCCGCAGGCCAAGUCCAGCUUAUAGACCCAAUCAAAAAAGAAACUAGCAAACUAUUUAAUGAGGAAAUGGCAAGUUCUUGGCGUGCGUGAGCCAGGACGGCUUCCUGCGGGUGUUCAACUUUGACUCGGUGGAGCUGCACGGCACGAUGAAAAGCUACUUUGGCGGCUUGCUGUGUGUGUGCUGGAGCCCGGACGGCAAGUACAUCGUGACUGGGGGCGAGGACGACCUGGUGACAGUCUGGUCUUUUGUAGACUGCCGAGUGAUAGCUCGAGGCCACGGGCACAAAUCCUGGGUCAGCGUCGUGGCAUUUGACCCCUAUACCACUAGCGUAGAGGAAAGCGACCCUAUGGAGUUCAGUGGCAGUGACGAGGACUUCCAGGACCUUCUUCAUUUUGGAAGAGAUCGAGCAAAUAGUACCCAGUCCCGGCUGUCCAAACGGAACUCUACGGAGAGCCGCCCCGUCAGCGUUACGUAUCGGUUUGGCUCCGUGGGCCAGGACACACAGCUCUGCUUAUGGGACCUUACGGAGGACAUCCUUUUCCCUCACCAGCCCCUCUUGAGAGCAAGGACACACACGAACGUCAUGAACGCCACGAGCCCUCCUGCCGGAAGCACCGGGAACAGCGUCCCGACGGCCGGCAACGCGGCGCCGCCACCGCUGCCGCGCUCCAACAGCCUCCCGCACUCGGCGGGCUCCGGCGCCGGCGGCAAGGGUGGCGUGGCGGACGGGGCUGUCGCUUCCGGGGUCAGCAAGUUCGCAACGCUCUCACUGCAUGACCGGAAGGACAGGCACCACGAGAAGGACCACAAGCGCAACCACAGCAUGGGGCACAUUUCUAGCAAGAGCAGCGACAAGCUGAACCUGGUCACCAAAGCCAGAACGGACCCGGCCAAAACUCUGGGGACGCCUCUGUGUCCCCGAAUGGAGGACGUCCCCCUGCUGGAGCCGCUCGUCUGCAAAAAGAUAGCUCACGAGAGGCUGACUGUGCUGGUUUUCCUUGAAGACUGUGUAGUCACUGCUUGUCAGGAGGGCUUUGUGUGCACGUGGGGAAGGCCUGGUAAAGUGCCAGCAGAGCCCUUCUCCUGCAGUCAGGAGGGCAGGAUGCAAGGUGUUCUCCAAGACCAGGACUAGAGCUGCCGGCAGCUUGAGAAGAGGGCCCUGGAGAGGGCGGGUGGGCUCUUCCCUUCCUGGCCCGGGUUUGCUUCUGCACAGCGGCUCCUGCAGACCCAGGGCGGAGCAGGGGGCAGGGGGAGCUACGAGAGGUCCCAAUCGCAGGUGUGUGGGGCACAGCGGCCACUAAGAGAGAUCUGGGGAGUAUUUUCGGUGUUUUCUCACCAAACUUUGAGCUUCCUCAUUGAAAUUUAAGUUUUUCAGCUUAAAUAUCCUGAGCGAGAAUCUCUUUUCUAACCAAAUCUCUGGAAUAACACAGCUUUUGGCAAGAAGAGGCUGUUACUACUCUGUCAGCACAACUUUUCUAUUGAGCACUGAAACACGUCGAUGAAGAGACCAGAAAUAAAGUGCUCAGAGUGGCACUCGAACCCUGCUCCCUCCCAGCAGGAGGUAACUCAGCCUGCCCACAGGACAGAAGCUCUUGUCCCUCCGAGGGCACAGGCCAGGCAGUGGCUCUCCACUCUUCUCUGGCUCGCCUCCUUUAGCCUUCUGGGAGCUCCAGGAGCGAGGCUUGUGCUGACUGCUGAUGCGGGCUUCUGAGCCCACUGGCUGCCCCAGCCCCGGCCCUUCCCUGAGCCGCUCCUCUCCUGGGGGGCUGGGGAAGGAAGCCUUUGGAAAACUUUCCUUUCUUUUAAAAGCAAACAUGUAAGAGAGAGUAGGCAGACUCUUUAAAAAUAACCAGUAGCUUUGGAUUCUAAAUUUACUUAAAUAAUGGUGGAGAAUCUUAAUUUUGUCUUUUGUGGUGAUUGAACCUCUAGCGUUUUUGAAGUAUUCUCCUGUGAGCCAUUGACUUGGAGCUAAGGACAAAUGCCUUACGGUAGAACAGUGGAGGAGUGGAGAUGCAGAAGUAAGCUCUAACAGGGAUCGUUGUCUCAGACAUUUGGGAACCACAAGAAACCAAAGGCUAUGAAACGUUAUCAGUCUGUACGGCGUGUAGACACGUCCUAGAUGGGACUCAGUAUUCUGCUCCGCUGUCUGGCUUAGCGGCCAAGUCCUAGCUGGCAGGUAGCCCAGCGGCCACUUCUCCCUGAGUCCGCCACUGCCGGUGGUACAUCUUGAACUAUUUUAAGAACCUGUCAGGUGUUGAGUUUGUGCUGAAGCUGGUGAAGCUGUCGUAUCAGCUGUCUGCACUGGUGGACAGGGUUCUCAUGACCUCUUGCUUGGGAGGGAGAUCUUUGCUCUCUUGAGGAAGCUCAAGGUGUGAGGGGGCGAAAGGGUCGGGGAGCAUUGGAGAAGGAAUCCUUUGGAAAACCCAGAUGCCACGUUUUGUGUAUCUGACUGUCGGAGGAAGCCCUGCAAGCAGAGUUCGACUGUGGAUUUCCUGGGACAGAUGCACCGAGCACAGCACCCCGUGCUGUGCGUGAGGCCAUCGGGGGCUCGGCUCCAUGGCCCCGGAGCCGGCCAGAGAGAGCGUCUGGGCUGGGAAAGGGCGGCCAGGGCUCAGCUGGGAAAGCGCUUGUGUUCAGCUGUUCUCUUUGAAGCUCAGAGCCAAGUUCAAACCUGUGCAGAAAAGCCCCUCUGGGCUGGGAGGGGGAAGCUGUCCCACUGGUACUGACUCUGUUCAUUGCUGUGUCUGUUACAUGAACUCCGUGUCUUGGUUAAAUCGUUGUCUCUCCAUUUAGAAAUGUAAAAGAAAGGUUUUCUGCAUUUUUUAUUUCUGUAUACCUAAGUUUAUUAAAGGUUACUAUGUUAGGUGACACUGUAUAAAAUUGUAUGAAUAUUUACCUUUAGUGAAAAUCAAAAGUAAAAUUCAUAUGUAUUUCCUUUUUUACAUUUUCACCUAAUUUCUUGAAAACUUGAAUAAAUUUCAUAAAGAGUCUUCCUAACAUGAUAUGUUGGUAAAUUAAGUUCUUAACUGUUGCAAUAAUUAAUGAAGCUUUAAUAUCAGUAUUGUUACUUUAUACUUUAAGAAAAUCGUGUGUUUGUUUCACUGCCUUGGUUUUUAGCUGUUCCCUUGUCACUGUCACGGCUAGAGACUUACUACAUACUUGAUAUUCCGAAGAACUUUGGGGUUGUCCUCUGUAUACUGACCUUAAAUAAACACGUGUGAAUGAA